AUGGGGAAGCGAAAACAACCGAAAGAUGCCGAUGUCGACAUGGACAAGGAUGAGAGCAGCGGCGACGACAUGGACGUGGUCAAUGUGGAAUUCGAAUGGUUUGAUCCACAGCCUGCAGUCGAUUUUCACGGGUUGAAGGUGCUGCUUCGGCAACUUUUUGACACCGAUGCGCAAUUGUUUGAUCUAUCGGCCCUCACCGACUUGAUACUAUCCCAACCACUGUUGGGAUCUACUGUCAAAGUCGACGGAAAUGAAACUGACCCUUAUGCCUUCCUUACUGUUCUCAAUUUGCGGCAGCACAAAGAUGUACCCGUGAUAAACUCGUUAAUUGAAUAUGUCCAGAGCAAAUCCUGUGUACAGCUCUCACCUAUAAAGGAGCUCCUUUCUCAGACGACUUGCCAAAUUGGCCUGGUUCUUACUGAACGGCUCAUCAAUAUUCCCCCCGAGGUCAUCCCACCAAUGUACACCAUGCUCCUUGAGGAAAUUCAAUGGGCCCUAGAGGAGAAGGAGCCAUACCAGUUCACACACUACCUCAUAAUAUCAAAGACUUAUGAGGAAGUUGAGUCACAGUUGGAUAUAGAAGGCAGCCGGCCGCAAAAAAAGAAGAAAAAAGGUAGCAAUGGCAAACCAGAGGUGUUUUACUUCCACCCGGAAGAUGAGGUUUUGCAGAAACACGCAUUGUGUUGUGGAACAUAUGAGUAUACACACCAACAGGCAGAAGGACAUUCUGACUCCAAACGUGCAUUCCAAGAAUUGGGGAUUCGUCCUCAUGGGUCGAUGAUUUUAAUCGAAAGCCAAAAGUUUGAAACGGCAGUAAAUGAUGUUAAAGAGUAUGUUAAUUCAUCAUCCUAG